UGGUGGUGCUGAAGGAGAGGUUUACUCAAUAUGAGCUCAUCAUCAGGGCCCUGGGGGCAGAAUUCAAAGAGGAAAUGUUGCGCCAGAGAUAUGAAGACGAAGUUGGAUAUUUGGCUGAAGAAAAGGCUAGACACGAAGCAGAAGAACAUCGGAUGCUGAAGGCUUGGAAUGAUGCUGAGAAUGAGCGACUCCGGAAAAUACGGGAACGACGAGUUAAGCAGGAGCAAGAGCAAGAGGAACUCAAAAGGCUACAAACAGCCCUUGCAUUAGAAAAGAGAAUGGAAGUGUAUAUUAAAGAAAAGGAGCUGGAGAUACUGACGCUACAGGAGGAAAGCAAGAACUUCAACACGCUGGACAAUCUGGAACAGAGAAUUGAGGAUGCUCUGGACAAUCCAAAGAAUUACAAUUUUGCUCUUGAUAAAGAGGGGCGGAUUGUAAAGAGAACUGUACAAAAAUGACAGAAUUGAACUCUUAUACUUUUAUCUAUUCUUACCAUUUACAAAAGGAAUCCUAAGUCAGAUUAUGUGGAAAUAGACUACAAAAACUGUGAAUCAAAUUGUGUACUUGUAUG